UAAAUUAGUUAAAAGCUUUCGCUUUCGCUUCCAAGAGCUCACUUAAUUUUAGUUGCGACUUCUGCAUUUAAGUUUGAGGAGAGAGCUUUAGUCCUACAGUUUAUCUAACCCUUUCAGACUAAAUUAGUCUAAUAUUUCGCGCUCAGGAUCAUAUUAGAAGCUUGAGCAUCAUUAGAAUAAAAUAUUUCUGAUUUUCUGUUUACAAGGUGGAAUAAAAGGGCUCGGGCUGUUUGACGUGUGUGACAUGUGAAAGCACAGUUUUGUUCCUGUAACUCGCAGAAUGUGUUGAAGAUGGAUGAAACCAAGCUGCACCUGAAAGAGUGGCUAAUUGCUCAGAUAGAGAGUGGGACAUAUGAGGGAUUGUGUUGGGAGGAUGAGGACAAGACCAUGUUCAGGAUCCCGUGGAAGCACGCAGCCAAGAAGGACUACAAGCAGACGGAGGAUGCAGCCCUUUUCAAGGCCUGGGCUGUGUACAAGGGCAAGUACAAGGAGGGCAGGGAUAAAGCUGAUCCCACCAUGUGGAAGACCCGCCUCCGCUGUGCACUUAACAAGAGCACGGACUUCCAGGAGGUUCCUGAACGCAACCAGCUGGACAUAACUGAACCAUACAAAGUCUACCGAAUUCACCAGGAAAAUGGGCCCACCAGGCCAGCAGCCCUCACAGAGUCUGCAAAGUCAAAGUAUCACAUGGUCAACCCGGCAAAAAAAUCUCCAAGUCACCCCAUUUCCUCAGACCAACAGCUUGAUUGUCAAAAGGAAGAAUUUGAAGCAAACAAAGAAGAAAACCCGCUGACUGAAGAACUGAUGAGGGAACACACGUACUGUGAAUUCAAAGGGAAAAAAAAUCUAAGUAAGGUUUCUGCUCCGGUAACGUUUUUCAGCCCUACACUUAAUAUAACAGACUUUCGUUUGCAAGUGAAGCUGUUGUACCAUGGCCAGAUGGUGAUGAAAGUGACCACCACAAGCCCAGAUGGCUGCUUCAUCCUACAAGGCCGCGUUCCUGUGGGGAAUGAAAGGAUCUAUGGACCCUGCUCUACCCAGCAACUUUCCUUCCCGUCACCAGGCUCUGUAUUUCUGCCAUCCAGCAUGGCCGAAGCAAUGAAUCGCCUUCUUUGUCACCUGGAAAGGGGUGUGCUAUUAUGGGUGGCACCUGAUGGGGUGUUUAUUAAGCGCUUCUGCCAGGGUAGGGUGUUCUGGAGCGGUCCCAUGGCCCAACACACAGACCGGCCUAACAAACUGGAACGAGAAAAGACCUUUAAACUGCUUGAUGCAACCAUAUUUUUCAAUGCACUCCAGAGCAGUUUACAGGGGAAGGGACCAACACCUUCCUAUGAGAUUGAGCUCUGCUUUGGAGAAGAAUAUCCAGAUCCCAGUGUGCCUAAAACCACAAAACUGAUCAUGGCACAGGUGGUUCCUUUGUUUGCAGUGGAGCUAUUACAGAGGUUCAACUUGGGAGAAACUGAAGAGAAGCCUCAGAUUCUAACUUCCAACACAGAAGAAAGAAAAAUGUCGGAGGACUGAGAAAUCUAUCUUGCAUCUGGACAGUCAUGAACAAUAUAGAAGUGAAACUUUAUUCCGUCCCUGUAAUCACCAUGAGUAACAGCAACAGUAUUGUUGGCAAAGAUGUGUGUAUGAUAAAAAAUGUUUGUAUGGUGAAUGUAUUUGCAGAGCAUCUAGCACAAAUCAUAGUAAUUUUCUUUUAAUAUGUUUGGCUAAUAUGGAUUUUUCUGACUCCCAAGUCAUUAGUUGCUAUGACAGUAAAUUGUUUAAACCAGGCUGCAGAUAUUUGUCUCCUUGCAUUUGAUGUUAAUACAUUAUUCAGCAUAAACUGAGUGAUAGUUUGGUUUUCUGUUCCUAAAACACAGAGAAAAAAACUGACACCGGUAAUUAAAUCUAUAAAGCUUUUUCCUCCUUUAUUUCUAGCGAACAUCAUAUAACAGAUUCACAAUUUUUAAAAAUAUACAUUUUUGUAGCUGUAACAUUUAAAAAGAAAAUUCAACAGGUAAGUUUUUCUCCUUGAAAAUAAAAAAAGAAACUAAAGUGAAAGAGAGUGCUGAAUCAGAUGAUAUACCCGUAUCUGAGUGUAAAAUACUUUCAUCAUUUUCCCUGCCUUCAAACAUAUACAGUACAUAAAAAAAUUAGAUGGGAACAGAAGCAUACAGUACACAGGGGUCAAGAGCAUUCACAAAGCAUCAUGUUCCAACGUGUUAUUAGCACCAUUACUCUUCAGCCAUACUGCACUUUUUUACUCUUUCCAUCAUUCAUUUUUUAAUGGAAAAACACCAUGAGUGUCGAGGCGAUGUAGCACAGACCUGUCUGUGUGGGUGGGAUUGUCUGUUAUGCAGUUUUCAUUAGUGUUCUCCCUUUCUCAGAGAUAAUGUUAAGAACAUAUUGGAGGGCAAUGCCUUGACAAACAACUUUUUGAUCUGACUCCCAGUGAUGAGAAUAAAAAAGGCGAAGAGUUUCUCAUACAUUCACCUUGCCUGCCCAGGCCGACACAAACACAUCGGCUCAGAAGCAAGAAAAAAAAAAACAAAAAAAAAAAAAAACAAAGAAAAGAAAAAAAAAAAAACAGAACUGCAUCGCAAGAUCGACAGAGAUUGCAUUAAAUCUCAUUUAGCAUAUUUACUGUAUAUAACAUUUGUAUUGUAAUACAUAUAUUGUCAAUUGUUGUUCAUAUAUAUCUGCACAUCUUCAAUAGCGUUUACUUUCAUAACACUGA